CAAAAAAUCUAUAAAAACCCAAGUCAUACAUCAAGUAAAUUCGGUUUUACUUUUACCACAGAGUUCAUCAAUAUCUUGCAAGCGAAGCAAACGAGGAAUUGUGGGUUUUCAAUCAAGAUUUCAACGACAAACUCCAAGCCCAUUGAACAAGAUGAAGAUCACUGUAAUGACCACCGAUGAACAAAUCAUUACAUUAGAAGUCGACCAUAAUGAAUCUGUGGAAAAUUUGAAAGCUUUGCUUGAAAUAGAGAGUCGAAUCCCACUUCAACAACAACAACUGCUUCACAAUGGAAAGGAGAUGAAGAAUUCUGCAACACUAAGUAGUUUGGGUGUUGUCGAUGGAGAUUUAGUGAUGAUGGUUUCCAACGCUUCUUCAACGGUUUCUAGUAAUGAAGUAUUGAAUCCAGACGGUUCUGCAGUGAAUCCAGCUGCGUUUCAGCAGCAAAUCCGAAAUAAUUCGGAUUUAAUGGCCCAGUUGCUUCAGAGUGAUCCUGAGUUGGCCCAAAUCAUUAUCGGGAAUGACCUAAAUAAGUUGCAGGACUUAUUAAGAAGACGACACAAUCAGAGAUCUGAAUUACGCAGGCAACAAGAAGAAGAGAUGGCACUUCUGUAUGCGGACCCUUUUGAUGUGGAAGCACAAAAGAAAAUUGAAGCUGCAAUUCGACAGAAAGGUAUUGAUGAGAACUGGGCUGCUGCACUAGAACACAACCCUGAAGCUUUUGCAAGGGUGGUCAUGCUUUAUGUUGACAUGGAAGUUAACGGAGUUCCCAUAAAGGCAUUUGUUGAUAGCGGGGCCCAAUCAACCAUAAUAUCAAAAAGUUGUGCAGAGCGUUUGGGAUUGUUGAGGCUUUUAGACCAACGUUAUAAGGGCAUUGCUCAUGGAGUUGGCCAAUCAGAGAUUCUUGGUAGGAUACAUGUUGCUCCAAUUAAGAUCGGCAAUAACUUCUAUCCGUGUUCAUUUGUUGUGCUGGAUUCACCCAAUAUGGAAUUCCUUUUCGGAUUAGAUAUGCUUCGUAAGCACCAGUGCACAAUUGAUUUGAAAGAUAAUGUUUUGAGAGUUGGUGGAGGAGAGGUUGCGGUACCCUUUUUGCAAGAAAAGGACAUCCCACGCCAUUUUCUUGACGAGGAGAAGCAGUUAAAGGAAGCAUCUAGCUCCGGAACUAGAGGUUCAUCUGGAUCAGCAGCAGAGAGGAGCAACACCAUAACACCAUCUGGGGGCCAAUCUUCUGGGUCUGCCCAUGGUGGUCUCACUCAUGGACCUGAAUUUGAAGCCAAAAUUGGGAAGUUAGUUGAGCUAGGGUUUAGUAGAGAUGCAGUCAUACAAGCUCUCAAGUUUUUUGAUGGCAAUGAAGAACAAGCAGCUGGAUAUCUUUUUGGGGGAUAAAUACCUCAUUUAAUUAACUUUUACAUAAUUUAUAGUUUUUAUGUACAUUGUUCUUUUAAGUGUUAAGUCACAUCUUAUGUUCUUUAAGCUUAUUUUAACUUGAUAAUCAACUUAUGUUCUUUACUUUUCUUGUUCAUGAAGAUUGUUUAUCUAAACUUUUGUCUGCUUA